UGUGAUGGGUAUCAUUGAAGUUCGCAACAAUUUCACUGCAACUUUCUGCUCCGACGACUACAUGACGACGAGCAACAACUGAGCCGACUUCAACUUCAACUCGCAAAGCCGUCGCUGCCGGAGAAAGUCGGGAUCGGAGAGCGCCUGGAACUCUCUCUCUUUUUGUCGGUGUGAAGACCGGCGUCAUAGCCAUCGUCGGAGGCACUCAAUUUUCAUUUUCAUUACACGCGGCGGCCGACUUAAUUCGGUAUUGGAAUUGCAUUGCGCCAUCUAAUUCACUCGCUUCUGCUGCGGUCUUCCGUUUGUGGAAAUUCAAUUCUUGAGUGCUAUGGAAUUGGAGGUGAGGACUGUGGGAGGGAUGGAGAACUGUUUUGUGUCACUUCCUCUCGUUCUCAUCCAAACUCUCGAGAGGCGGUCUGGUUCUGGCUCGGCCAUGGGCGGUCUCCCUGAAUUCCUCGUUCUUGAACUUCGCGAUUCCUCUUCCGAUGAGGUUUGGACGGUUGCUUGGUCUGGCGCUUCCUCAUCUUCUGCUGCAAUUGAGGUCUCCAAGCAAUUUGCAGAUUGUAUUUCCUUACCAGACUGUACCAGUGUUCAAGUUCGAGCUAUUUCUAAUGUGCCGAAGGCUACUGUAGUUACAAUUGAGCCUUAUGGUGAGGAUGACUGGGAAGUUCUAGAGUUAAAUGCAGAGCUUGCUGAGGCAGCCAUAUUGAACCAGGUCAGAAUCAUUCAUGAAGCAAUGCGAUUUCCUUUGUGGUUGCAUGGUCGGACGGUUGUUACAUUCCUUGUGAUUUCUACCUCUCCUAAGCGUGCGGUGGUGCAACUCGUGUCCGGAACUGAGGUAGUAGUUGCUCCAAAGACACGUAAGAGAGUUCUAGACUCUAGAGAGGGUUCGUGCAUGCAAUCUUCCCGUAUGGUUCAGGAAAAAGCUAUGUUGCGAGUUCAAGAUCUAGACAAGAGAUUGAUUUGCAAUAGUAAUUGUGCAGGCACUGAGGUUCGGGUAGUGCCAACUUCUGUUGCCUUUAUUCAUCCACAAACAGCUAAAAAUUUCUCAUUGAAUUCUCUUGAGUUGGUUUCUAUAUUGCCUAGAUCAUCAGGGAAAGAGAGAGGGAAGCAUAGCGAGAUAAAUGAUUUGAGGAAUUCGAAAGGUUCAACUGCAAAAGCGAAUGGUGGAGAAAGAGCUAAUGGAGAAGAGAGUCGACAGGCUAUUGUUUAUCUUUUAAAUUCAAAUUUGGUGAAUGAAGGACAUAUAAUGAUCGCUCGUUCCCUUAGACUUUAUCUGAGAAUCAACUUGCAUUCAUGGGUUCUUGUAAAGCAACAGAACGUUAAUUUGAAGGCUGAUUUCUCCUCUGCUUCACUUUCACUUUGCUACUUUAAAAUACAUGAUGAUGACGUGCCUCUUCUGAAAAAUGAUCUGAAGGCAAGUGACAGCCCUAACAGUGUCAAGAGGAAAAAUAUUUUAUCCAAGACUGGCUCAUGGUCUUAUAUGGACGUUGCUAACUUGCCAGUUCAUGAACAAGUUCUUGAUGUUCUUUCUCACGAAUCUCCUGGUAGAGAUGAUGAGGAUUCUCGCUGUAUGUCAAGUGUGGAAAAAGGAUUACAAACUCUUCUUCGAGUAUGGCUCCUUGCACAUCUUGAUGCCAUUGCUUCUAGCAUAGGAACUGAAGUUAAUUCGAUGCUUCUGGGGAACCAAAGCUUGCUUCACUUUGAAAUCAGGACUAGAGGAAAUAUAAACUCAGCAUCUCUAAAUGCUUCAGAAGACACACAUAAGACAGAUGAGAUCCUGUGUCUUAUGACUAUUUCUCAAGAGCCACAGCAAGGGGUAUGCAGUAAUGCAUUCAAACUUUCUUUUGAUGAUCAAAACAAGUGCGUUAUUAAUUUGGGAGGUGUGGAGUUGUCUAAAAGGUUGCACUUUGGUGACCCUGGAUCCUUCUCAACCAUUAAAGAGAAGACUUAUAUUGAUGUUGAUAGCUUGGAUGUAUCUUCUCUGAGCUGGUUGGAUGCAUCUCUCCCUAAUGUUAUUAAUAGGAUAAAGGUAUUAUUAUCUCCAAGAGCAGGGCGGUGGUUUGGGGCCCACGAUCUUCCACUUCCUGGACAUAUUCUCUUAUGUGGACCUUCGGGUUCUGGUAAGACAUUAUUAGCAAGAGCUGCAGCCAAAUUCCUUCAGGAAUACGAUGAAAUUUUAGCGCAUGUAGUUUUUGUAUGUUGUUCCCGACUUGCUUCUGAAAAAGUCCAGACUAUUCGCCAGUCACUAUUGAACUAUAUAUCAGAAGCUUUAGAUCAUGCACCUUCUCUCAUUGUUUUUGAUGACUUAGACAGCAUUAUCUUGUCAACAUCUGACUCAGAAGGAUUUCAGCCAUCCACAUCGACGUCUGCAAUAACAGAGUUUCUCACUGACGUGAUAGAUGAAUAUGAGGAAAAGAGGAAAAGCUCAUGUCAGGUUGGUCCUAUUGCAUUUAUAGCUUCUAUGCAGGCUCUAGAUAAGAUACCACAAUCAUUGAGAUCUUCAGGAAGAUUUGACUUUCAUGUGGAAUUACCUGCUCCUGCUGCAUCAGAACGAGCUGCUAUUCUGAAGCAUGAAAUACAGAGACGUUCCUUAGAUUGCUCAGAUGUGACCUUACAAGACAUUGCCUCAAAAUGUGAUGGCUAUGAUGCUUAUGAUUUAGAAAUUUUGGUCGAUAGAGCUGUCCAUGCUGCCGUUAGCCGUUUUCUGCCAUUGAGUCUUAACCAGAAGCAAAAUCCCACUUUAAUUGAAAAUGAUUUUUCUCUGGCAAUGAAUGAGUUUGUUCCGGCUUCAAUGCGUGAUAUUACUAAACCAUCCGCAGAAGGUGGUCGCUCUGGCUGGGAUGAUGUUGGUGGUUUAGUGGAAGUUAAGAAUUCUAUCAAAGAGAUGCUUGUAUUUCCUUCAAAGUUCCCGAACAUCUUUGCUCAAGCCCCUUUAAGGCUACGGUCAAAUGUUCUCCUAUAUGGACCUCCUGGUUGUGGCAAGACCCACAUAGUUGGUGCUGCUGCUGCUGCUUGUUCAUUGCGAUUUAUAUCAGUCAAAGGGCCGGAACUUUUAAACAAAUACAUUGGUGCUUCUGAGCAAGCUGUUCGUGAUAUUUUCACUAAAGCAACUGCAGCAGCACCUUGCAUUCUUUUCUUUGAUGAGUUUGAUUCAAUUGCCCCAAAGAGAGGGCACGAUAAUACUGGAGUGACCGAUCGUGUAGUCAAUCAAUUUCUAACUGAAUUGGAUGGUGUCGAAGUUCUAACCGGUGUAUUUGUUUUUGCUGCAACAAGUAGACCAGAUUUGCUUGAUGCCGCACUGCUAAGACCUGGCCGACUGGAUCGCCUUCUGUUUUGUGAUUUCCCCUCUCCUGUGGAACGGCUAAAUAUUCUCCAAGUUCUUUCCACAAAGCUACCGCUGGCCAGUGAUGUCGAUUUGGAGCCAGUAGCUUAUAUGACAGAAGGUUUUAGUGGAGCUGAUCUUCAAGCUCUACUCUCCGAUGCUCAACUUGCAGCGGUUCAUGAGCAUCUCGAUAGCGCUAAUGCUAGUGACCCGGCUCAAAAGCCUAUCAUUACUGAUGUGCUAUUGAAGGCAACUGCAGGCAAGGCAAGACCAUCAGUAUCAGAUGCUGAGAAGCAAAGACUGUACGGCAUCUACAGACAGUUCCUGGAUUCCAAAAAAUCUGUCUCUGCGCAGACUAGAGAUGCAAAGGGGAAAAGAGCAACCCUAGCUUAGAGAGGCAACCAGCACUAUCACUAUAUUUUGGCUAUCAAACUGGUCUUGUCUUUUAAGUAAGUUUGUUCAUUGUUACCAUAAUUGUUUUAAGAUAUUAUUACUUUACACAUAGGGGACAGAAUUUGAUCUUAUGACCAAUAAAGUGAGAGAAGUAUAGAUUUUAUGUCACUAUUAAUGUAAUUUACUCUUGGAGGUGUCAUUUAAUCAAAUGCCAUUCUUCUUUCUGCCCCUUCAAACGCUUGAACCGAUGUAUAUAUAUAAACUAGUUAUUAACACAGGAUGUUGAAUUUUAAA